AUGCUGUCUGAAAUCGUUGUGGUAUUCUUCUUGUUGGCCUUGACUGCUUCUCAAGACUUUGAACUGAAAUACACCAAUAAAGAUGGAUGGGUUGAUCCAGGUGACAUGGUGAAUUAUGAUUCUACAACGCAAACCAUGAGACAAAAACAGCCUAAUUUGGACCAAUGUAACUGUGAUGAAUUGAAUCAAAAUUUAGCUGAGUCUGUGAAAGAGAAAGAAGGUCUGCAAAACUUGUUAUCCAGGUGUGAUCAAAGCAAGAGAGUAAUUGCUGCGAAGUGUAAACCAACCGCAUCGCAAUGCGAUUGCCAUGGUACCAGCUGCCCUGGAGUGAAAGAUGAUCUAAAUCAUUGUAAUACAGAGAAGGAACUUGCACAGAAGAUGAAUGACAUGUGUACUGUUGAUAAAGCCAGAAUUGAGAAGAAAUUUACGGAUUUUGAAAAAUUGACAAAAGAGUUAGAAAUGUGUGUGGCAAACAACAAGGAAACUGCACGUAGGUUGAGUAAAAGUUGUACUUGUGAUGACGGGAAAGCUGAGAAGAAGUAUGCAGGCUGUGAAGCACCACACUUAAAACAGUUCAUCAGAAAGCUUGUGACAGGAAUGAGAGGUUCUUUGGAUGCGGACGAUUUACGCUUUGAUUUCUACAUUGAACUAACUUCCAAUGAGCUGACAACGUUGAAGAAGUUUAUUGAUCAUGAUGACGGCAAUAUCCAUGAUGUCCGUGAUAUUCUAGUACAUAUGAUACAACAUAUACAACGUAGUGACCGGUCAUUCAAUGUAUAUCGGGUAUAUAUAGAAGAAAUGUUUAACACUCAGUUGGAGACGUUGCUGAUCUAUGUGGCUUUUGUAAGCACACUUGUUGCUUGUUGUUUUGCUGUGGUAACCAUGGAAAUAAGAACUAAUAUUAAUUGGUAUAGACAGAUCUUCAAAGCACUGGUGCUAUUAUUUUUCAUCAGUAUACCUUGGAAUUGGUUUCUUAUGUAUAAGAAAGAGGUUGCUAACAAACAAUCCACUGUAAUGAAGGAUAUACCAGAACACUGCAGAGCAGGUGAUAAGUCAGUGUUUGGUGCUAUGAUGUCAUUGUAUAGAUCAGCCUUCUCGUUUGAUUCCAAUCCAUGCGCCAUGUACCAUGAAGCAGUUUUGAUCGACCCACUAUGGGAAGUCGCACCAUCUCAGGCGAUUGCAGUGACAGUCAGCAAGUUUGUCUUCAAACCACUAGAGCUCUUUGGAGAAGCAUUUGGUAAAUUUUUCAACAGUUUUUUCAAGGAUCUACCGAUGCAUGUGUGGCCCAUCGCUACUGUUCUCCUUGUUCUAUUUGUGGUUAUAUUGCUCAUAAUGAUGUUUGGCUACAGCAUAAAGUUUCCAUUCCUUGGUGGAAUAGAAGCACCUGAUACUAGAUUAGUCAGAGAACAACGUCAAGCACUGGAAGACAAUAGAGCUAGGAUCACUGAGCGCGACCGUGAAAUAGAAAGACUUCAGCAACAACUACGAGCCAUAGAAGAACGGCAGUUAUUAGAAAUAGCUCCUCCCAUGGAGCGUCAAGCACUAGAAGACAAUAGAGCUAGGAUCACUGAGCGCGACCGUGAAAUAGAAAGACUUCAGCAACAACUACGAGCCAUAGAAGAACGGCGGUUAUUAGAAAUAGCUCCUCCCAAGGAGCGUCUAGAAGAAGUUGCCUCUUUCCUUCCUCCUCCAGCAGCAAAAGCAGAAAAAGACAGAGAUGUGCCAACAUCCAAACCAAUGGAGCCAGAAAAAAUGCCUGCUCUACCAAUACUGGAAAAAGAAAAAAAGAUUCCUCCUCAAAAGAUGGAGAAAGAAAAAGAAGUGCCUCUGAAAGAUGUGAAAGAAAAAGUGAUUGAAAAGAGAGACUCUGAGACAAAGCAGUUAGAAGCGGAAUCAACAAUGCCUGAUAUAUUAUGUGCAGAACGGAUUGCCAUGGUAACGCCAAUGACAUCAGAAGGAGAUGCUGCUGAGAUCAAAGUAACUGAUAAGUAUAGGGAGUUGACAGAAGAUCCAUCAAGUCAUUCUGAGUACCAAGUGAUAGUAGACAAAACCAAAGAUCCUAUGCAGGCAGAGAAUGUUAAGGCAAUAGAUGAUAGCAAUGCAGUUGCCAUGGCUUCUGGCGAUAGUAUGGAGCAAGCUGAUGUUACCAAGAAGACAGAUGAAGAGAGAGAUAAUGAGAUCAUUGCUGAACUGGAAACAGAGGCCAGCAAUAAAAGUGCGAAAGGAAAAAUUCUUUCACAGAUCAGUGAGACAGAGAUUGAGGAGUUGUCUACACUUGAUGCUGGUAUAAUUGCAGAAAGUAGUGACAUCAUCAGACCAGAUGCUGAAGUGGACAAUUUAUCAGACAGUGGCUCAGAUGAUUUUGUCGUUUUAAAGGAAGAACCAGAAGAAGAAAAAGAUUUAUUGUCAGCAAUUUAUCCUAUUCCUGAAAAUGUUGGUAAUGUGGGUCACGAUGAUAGUGUUAUAAGUCUAGAUUAG